AUGGAGAAUGUGAGACCCUUCAAGGACAUCCCAGGCCCUUGUGGUGUUUAUAACAUUCCUCUCAUAGGCGCAAUGUUCCACUUCAAGCCUUUCAUCAAAAACCGUUGUGUCGAAGCUGACCAUACAGUUGGGACUGUGCACAGACUGUUCAGUGACCUGUUGGAGACAUAUGGGUCGUUGGUUCGAGUCCGCCUCGGAGAGUGGACAGUUUUGGUCGAAGACCCAGCUGACAUUGAAGUCGUAAGGCGUCUUGAGGGCAAGUACCCCAAAAGAAGGCUCUACCCAAUACACUCUCUGUAUUGUGAACGCAGUGGCUUCAAGAAAGGCCUGGCACAUUUGCAGGGUAAAGAAUGGCACUAUUUCCGAAGUCCUGUCAAUCCCCGAUUAAUGCGGGUCAAUUCCGCUCAGCAGUAUCUGCCAGUUCAAAACGAGGUUGGUGACGCUCUGGUGAAACUCCUUCAACAGGAAGUCGCCGAGCCGGAGGAAAUCUUGGAUCUGUGGUACAGAUACGCCUGUGAAAGUAUCGGCGUUGUCACCUACGACCGGCGUCUGGGCUACCUCGACCCCGACAUUGACGAUUACCCACAGAAGCUGCAGAUCCUAGCCGACAUCAAGGCAGUCCUGGAGCUCGUCAGUGACAACCAACACGUUCCCGAGUUUAUCACCAGAUAUCUGCCACUGAAGGAGAAACGAGAGUAUAAAACAGUCGCAGAUCGCCUGGAACCUGGAAACUAUGGUUCUUAA